GGGAGACGUGUAGGGGCCGGGUUCGGCCCUCGUUGAACUCUCACCCCAGCGCACGGGUUUCUUUUUCCGGGACAAGAUGGCGCCUUCCACGCCUCUGUUGACAGUCCGAGGAUCAGAAGGAUUGUACAUGGUGAAUGGGCCGCCGCACUUCACGGAAAGCACAGUGUUCCCAAGGGAAUCUGGGAAAAAUUGCAAAGUCUAUGCCUUUAGCAAGGAUGGAACCUUAUUUGCCUGGGGCAACGGAGACAAAGUAAAUACCAUCAGUAUCACUAACAAGGGACUGCUGCACUCCUUUGACCUCCCAAAGGCAGUUUGCCUUGAAUUCUCGCCAAAAAACACUGUUCUGGCGACGUGGCAGCCUUACACUACUUCUAAAGAUGGCACAGCUGGAUUACCCAACCUACAGUUAUAUGAUAUGAAAAAUGGGACAUGUUUGAAAUCUUUCAUACAGAAAAAAAUGCAAAAUUGGUGUCCAUCCUGGUCAGAAGAUGAAAUUAUUUGUGCCCGAAAUGUUAACAAUGAAGUUCACUUCUUUGAAAACAACAAUUUUGAUACAAUUGCAAAUAAAUUACAUUUGCAAAAAAUUAAUGAUUUUGUUUUAUCACCUGGGCCUCAGCCAUAUAAGGUUGCUGUCUAUGUUCCAGGGAGUAAAGGUGCACCUUCAUUUGUCAGAUUGUAUCAGUACCCCAACUUUGCUGGACCUCACGCUGCAUUAGCCAAUAAGAGUUUCUUUAAAGCUGAUAAGGUGACAAUGCUAUGGAAUAAAAAAGCUACUGCUGUGCUGGUGAUAGCCAGUACAGACGUGGACAAGACAGGCGCUUCGUACUAUGGAGAGCAGACACUGCACUACAUUGCAACCAAUGGAGAGAGCGCAGUAGUGCAGUUACCAAAAAGUGGCCCCAUCUAUGAUGUAGCGUGGAAUUCCAGCUCCACCGAGUUCUGUGCUGUGUAUGGCUUCAUGCCUGCCAAGGCGACGGUCUUCAACCUGAAAUGUGACCCUGUGUUCGACUUUGGCACUGGGCCUCGCAAUGCAGCCUACUUCAGCCCUCAUGGACACAUAUUAGUCCUGGCUGGGUUUGGAAAUCUGAGGGGACAGAUGGAAGUGUGGGAUGUUAAGAACUACAAACUCAUCUCUAAGCCGGUGGCUUCUGAUUCUACAUACUUUGCGUGGUGCCCAGAUGGUGAGCACAUCUUAACAGCCACGUGUGCUCCCCGGUUACGUGUUAACAAUGGGUACAAGGUCUGGCACUACACAGGCUCUGUCUUGCACAAGCACGAUGUGCCAUCGAACGCAGAGUUGUGGCAGGUCUCCUGGCAGCCAUUUUUGGAUGGAAUAUUUCCAGCAAAAAGAAUAACUUACCAAGCAGUUCCAAGUGAAGUGCCCAAUGACGAACCUAAAGUUGCCACAGCUUACAGACCUCCAGCUUUGAGAAAUAAACCCAUCACCAAUUCCAAACUGCAUGAAGAGGAACCACCUCAGAAUAUGAAACCACACACAGGAAAUGAGAAGCCAUUAUCAAAAACAGCCCUUAAAAAUCAAAGGAAGCAUGAAGCUAAGAAAGCUGCCAAGCAGGAAGCAAAAAAUGACCAGAGUCCAGAUGUGGCACAAACUCCUGCUCCGCAGAGCACAUCUCGGAACACCGUCUCCCAGGCAACUUCUGGUGACCCUGAAGUAGACAAAAAAAUCAGGAACCUAAAGAAGAAACUGAAAGCUAUUGAACAACUGAAAGAACAAGCAGCAGCUGGAAAGCAGCUAGAAAAAAAUCAGUUGGAGAAAAUUCAGAAAGAGAAAGCCCUUCUCCAGGAGCUGGAAGAUUUGGAAUUGGGUAUUUAAAGAUUCACAGAAAGCAAGGUGGUUACCAUAAACCAGUACAAGCACAUCUUCUGUGAAACCCGUUUGUGUUCAUGGAAUAUCCAUGUGCCAAUAUUUAAUGUUGGUCUAUAAUUUUAAGGAGUUGUACAAGAUUCCGAAUAUGUAUGAAAUUAUUUAAUGUCUAUUAAAUUGACUUCUAUAUCCUGCAUCCUGUAUCAUGUCAAUAUGUGAUGGAAAAAAGAUACAUGAGAUUUUUAGCUAAGUUGACAGAUUGAGAGACUUUUUUAAGUAGGGUACAGUAUUUGCUAUAUAAAUGAAUAAAGACAUUUUAAAUUUAA